AUGCCAGCCUCAUUGAGAAUCGAGAUAUUCCCUAGCAAUCUUCGACGGAUGAUUGACUUCUAUUCCAAUGUGUUGCAAUUCAAACUGGUGAAGCACGAAAGCAACUACGCCUACCUGAAGCGUGACAACGUCUUCAUCGGAGCCGUUGAGACCCCAUCCUCAGAGACAUUCGAGGAAAAAGAAAGCUAUCGGCGGCCGAACAAAGGUGUCGAGAUCGUAAUAGAAGUUGAAGAUCUGGAGAAAGAAAGAGACUUCAUCGUCAGCAAGGGGAGCACGCUGGAUGCGGACAUUGCUUCUCAGCCCUGGGGGUUGAAAGACUUCAGGCUGGUAGAUCCCGAUGGCUACGUUGGUGACAAGGUCAACGAAGCCACCUCUGGUGCUUCCAAAGAGGCCAACAAGAACGUUGCCAAGGACUCUGACGCAUCUGUCGGAACCCGUGCCUCUGCCGCAAAGGACGCCCUUGGUGACAAGGUUGAUGAGAGCAAGAACUCCGCAUCUGCUGAGGGCAAUAAGCAGGCUGCUACCCACUAA